UCGUACGCCUGCACCACUUGACGGUCGAGACCCGCCUCAUCCAUCACGACAAUCCCGGCCCUGAUUCCGCCUUCGAAGAGUCUGACGCAAUUGAUUCAUUCCCCGCGGAUAGCAAACUUUGACGAUCCAUCAGCCUACCAAGGUCAACACUCGCUCGUGCCAAGUUCAAAACAGGGCGUGAUACAUCCUCAACCUACCAACUCACUGUCAUAUCCUUUCCGGACCACACCACCUCAAUGCCUCCCUCCACCCAUUCGCCCAAGCGGCCUUCCCAGACUGCCGCAAAGGCUGUCCAGCGCAAUCCCAGCCGUCGUCCCUCCACUCACUCCCUCGAACACACCCUGACGGGUCGCUCCCCUCGCACCUCGAACAAAGGCGUCGCUCUUGGUUCUUUGGGCAUGGAUCGGAAACGCAGGGCAUCCAUCAUGUCAGUGUCCAGUGUCUCGUCUGUGUCGUCCAUCGGGGAGCUCACCGACGAAGAGGAGGAGGAUGAUUCGGAUGAUGAUGAUGCCGACGACGAAGAAGAACAGCCGGCUGUUCGCGGCCCGUCUUAUAAUCGUCGCGAUCGGUCUCAUAAGACGGGCAUGAAGUCUGCCAAGCGGACCAAGAAGAUGAAAUUCGAAGAUGACGACGGCUAUGAUGCCCAGCGAAGCAGUGAUGAGGAGGAAUACGAUGACGAUGACGAUGACGAUGACGAUGACGAUUCGGACGAGGAGAACUCGGACGACAUCUAUGCUGCUGUUGACUAUAUCAGUGACGGAGAAGACGAGGAGGACAAAGACGUUGAAAAACUCGAAGAAUUGUUGAUCGUAGAAUCCGAGGAUGAGCAUGCCGUUGAGUCCAUCUUGACCACCACCUCCGCGACAGACGCCAGUGACUGGGCCGGCCCCAAUGUCUUUGACGAUCACAUGCUCCUCUCGGCUGCCUCCUUCUUCGACGAGGAACAGCUCUAUAGCGCCAUGGAGACAUUUGGCGAUGAAAUGGCCAGCGAGACUGCCGUCGAAACACCCAUGCCCCGCCGGGUGCACUUCGAAGAAGAUUCUGAUUCGUCCACCGACAGUGAUUCUCACACUGAAGACGAGAUCCCGAGUGAUUUCCUCCAGCAGGACAGCCUUGAUCCCCAGCUGCGUCGCAUGAUCGAGAGCGACACAGAGAAUUAUCCGCGCCAGCGCCGCCAGUCGGAAGAGAUGUUCGCAGACUCUGACUAUGGACAUUCAAAUAUCUAUCACGUGGAGUCCGAUGCUGUUUCCGAGGUGUCGGAGUCGAGCGGCUACGAGACCGAUGAUGGCGAAACCACAGAUGAAGACCUUCCCCCUCCCGCAACUAUCACCCACCCCAGAUCUAUACUCCGUCGCGAUUCAUCCGCUUCUGUUGCACCCCCGGCUGAAGAAAAGCCCGAGCCUGUGAGUCGGCGCCGCGGGCCCAUUAUGGGUACCUUCGUCGCGGACCCUCAUAAACCGGUGGCGCUUGUUGAUUGCACCGGCAAGCACCUGGUCAUCAUCCCCGCCUAUGCCUCGUCGCGGCAUGACUGGCUGGAAUCUGCUACCAAUAGCGUUUGUGGUACGGCUCAUAACAGUCCCCGUGCCACCACCAUGCACCUCAUUGAUGAAAGCGACACCGAUGCCCUGGCAUCUCCCGGUCACCUCGAUAUGAGCCCGAUGCUAGCAUCCAGUGCCAACCUGAUGAUGACGGCGCUUGGCAAUGACAUCGCUCCAGGUGGCCAGGUGAUGGGACCUCCCGAGGCUUUUUACCCGUCUCGUGACUUUGCCAUCGACAGUUCCUUUGAAGACGACGAUGAGGACGACCCAGAGUCAGCUCUGAACGUUGAGGACUUUAUCGACUUUGGCCACGGGUCAUCUGAGGACGAGAUGGACAAGGUGUUUGAGGAAGAAACACUCAUGUCCCCCAUGGCAAUUCAGUCCAAGCAUGCUGGCAGCGGCACGCCCACCCCGAGCCGGGCCGGUGAGACCCACCAGGCCAGCAGCGCAGAGCGGUUCUUGAAUCACCUGGAUCGAGGCAUUGUAACGGCAUUCCGCCGCAAUCACAACCGGUAUCAAGCCCUGCUGCGCCUACCCCAGCAUCGUGAGUUCAUGCCGGCCAAUUCACCGUCUCGCCCUGCCAGUGUGUUUAGACAUGCACGUAAUGCAGACCAGCGAGCCUCGACGCGUAAACGCAAACCCAAUGGGUAUAACGGCGGGGAGGCCGUCCGACGAAAAUUGAUGGAUGCCCACCGCCGCAGUCAGCUUCCCUUUUAAGGACUGUGACUGUGGAAAACCUUCUAUGACCUUUGUUGUACAGAUCUUAGGUCGGCCGCUUUAAAGUGGUAGCCCUUGCUGAACUGAAAACCACUAAACGAUACGAAUAAUUGUACAUGGAUACAAAAAGUGUUGAUAUUUACAAGAGAGACUCAUUUGACAAAAGCUU